GGACUUUUGGCAGGGAUUAUGACUGAGAAGAGAGGAGAAACAUCACACACAGCUGAAUAUGAUGUUACAAUCUCUGCAGAACCACAGCUUAAGGCUGCGAGAUAUACAGAUGAAUAUGGAGCUCUUCCUCUUGGUCUUCUUCACAUAUGUGUGCUGGCAGCAUGGCAGCACCUCCCCUGUGUCAGUCACAUGCCAGGACACUGCAGUGGUGAAGGCAGCUGAGGAGACACUGGAGCAGAUAAAUGCAGUCAGACAGCAGGGCUAUAUCUUCUCUCUGUACCAUCUUUAUGAUGUCAAGCAGCAUAUAAAGGAAGAAGAGGUGACUCAUUUACACCUGACCAUAGAUAUUCUGGAAACACAGUGUCAUGUGAUGAGCAGGAAGAAAUGGAAAUCCUGUGCCAUAAAGGGCAUUAGUGAUGUACCGGUGUUUGGGACGUGUGAGGCGUCUGUAUCCAUUCAGAGCAGCGCCAAAGUUCACAAUUACAACUGCACCAUUCAACAAGUGGCAGCGACAACUGUAGUAGAUACUUGCCCGGACUGUCCAACCGCAGAGCAAUUAGAUGAUCCGGUUAUAACUGAGACUACAAAACUGGCACUGCAGAAAUUCAACAACAAACAAACUUUUCCAUAUUACUUUACUCUGCUGAAUAUAACAGCGGCCAGAAUGCAGUGGAAUGAGGGUCCAGAUUACUUUGUGGAGUUCACCAUUCAAGAGAUGGACUGCCUGAAAAACUUGACUGAUACUGAUUUCACGCAAUGCAAGAUAAAGGACUCCGCUCGCAAGGGUUUCUGCACUGGUUCACACACCACUGCUGAUGACCAACUGGAGAUGAAAGUUCCUGUUGAGGUUAAAUGUGACAUCUAUGAACCAGCGGAUAUUCAACAAAGAACCUCUGGACCCUUUGGAUCAAUACAUGUUCUCUUCCCUCCACCUGUGCAAAUUCCCCCAAGAGCCCUGCCAGUGGCCAGUAACUGUCCUGGGCCAAGACAACACAACCUUGGAUUGAAAGAUUUUAAUCUCUGAAUGAAAUAUCACUUGAAGCCAUGCCGUCCACUCACAAGCACUGUAAACGUUUACAUGUUCCAAUAGUCUUAAUGCUCUUUGUGUUCUUAUGAUUCACAUAGGCAUUUUUUAUGGUACACAGGUUUUUGUCUAUGCACUGUAACAUAAUGGCAAUAAAGUUAUGUCCUACAGAAUGCCAAUAUGCACUGACAUUAUUUCCAUGAAAAUUAAACACGUGCCCCCCCAAAAUUCUCAGUACUGCAAUGCCAAAAUCUUCAUACUACGUUUAAUUUUGGUAAAAAUAAUGUCAUUACACAAAAUCUUAAAGGUCCUAAAAAGUAGACUUAAUUUUAAGCAAAAUAUAAAUGCAAAAUAGGGGAACUUAAAUAAUGUCACUGUGCAAAUGAGUUGCUAAAUGCAGGACGAAACUGGCUGUAUAACAUUUUGAAUUAACUAUUU